AUGUCAUUGUCAUCCCUCAUCCUGGCUCUGCUCGGAUGCCUACCUCUCUUGCAGGGGCAGCAGCAGCUGCAUGCCGUCUACCCUGCCUGGCUGUACUCCAUGCCUUGGCGUCCGCUGGUGCCGUCCACUCCACAGCAAUCCCCACUCUCGCAGUUGAGUCCCGGCUACACGGGUCCUCAGACCUUUCCUUCUGUGCAGCGGGAGAGGGAGCGGGAGCAGAGGCAGGAGCAGCUACUGGAGCCUGAACAGGAGCUGAAGCAGGGUCUGUUCACGCCACAAAUACAGUUCCUGGGCCACACAGGACCGCCUGUUCAGGGAAGGUUCAGCCUGCCCUUCAGGCCCUCUCCCUUUUCGGGCUACACGGAUGACGAUGACGAGGAUCCGGGAGGAGGAUCUCUGGAGGAGCCAGCCAGAGAAAUAGAAAGAGUUGGACCAUUCGUCUACCUGUCCCCUGGCCGUCUGUACAACAUAUUUAGAUCAUAG